AUGGGAUGCACGCUGAGCACGGAGGACAAGGCGGCGGUGGAGCGCAGCAAGAUGAUCGACAAAAAUUUGCGCGACGACGGAGAGAAAGCGGCCCGGGAGGUGAAGCUGCUGCUGCUGGGUGCUGGUGAAUCUGGAAAAAGCACAAUAGUUAAGCAGAUGAAAAUCAUCCAUGAAGCCGGCUACUCAGAAGAAGAGUGCAAGCAGUACAAGGCUGUCGUUUACUCCAACACCAUCCAGUCCAUCAUCGCCAUCAUCAGAGCCAUGGGGCGCCUUAAGAUCGACUUUGGGGAUCCUGGAAGAGCUGACGAUGCGCGGCAGCUGUUUGUGCUGGCGGGCUCCGCAGAGGAGGGCUUCAUGACCGCAGAGCUGGCAGGUGUCAUUAAGCGGCUGUGGAAGGACGGAGGGGUCCAGGCCUGCUUCAGCCGCUCUCGCGAAUAUCAGCUCAACGACUCAGCAGCAUACUACUUGAACGACUUGGACAGAGUAUCCCAGGCCACCUACAUCCCCACACAGCAGGACGUGCUGAGGACUCGAGUAAAAACCACAGGAAUCGUUGAGACACACUUCACUUUCAAGGACCUCCACUUCAAAAUGUUUGACGUUGGCGGUCAGAGGUCAGAGAGGAAGAAAUGGAUUCACUGUUUCGAGGGAGUAACGGCCAUCAUCUUCUGUGUUGCCCUGAGUGACUAUGACCUGGUGCUGGCAGAGGACGAGGAGAUGAAUCGAAUGCAUGAAAGUAUGAAGCUGUUUGACAGUAUCUGCAACAACAAGUGGUUCACGGACACGUCUAUUAUCCUGUUCCUCAACAAGAAGGACCUUUUUGAAGAAAAGAUUAAGAAAAGUCCGCUCACAAUCUGCUACCCUGAAUACGCCGGCUCUAAUACGUACGAGGAAGCAGCCGCAUACAUCCAGUGUCAGUUUGAAGAUUUGAACAAGAGAAAAGACACUAAGGAGAUUUAUACCCAUUUCACAUGCGCCACAGACACCAAGAAUGUGCAAUUUGUGUUUGAUGCUGUCACCGACGUCAUUAUCAAGAACAACCUAAAAGACUGUGGCCUCUUCUGA